AUGCUUCGAUUACGUUUUCGCGCAUCAUGGUUACCAGUUGAACAUAAUCAAUUUUGGACAAUUAUUGAUUUUACAACAACAAAUAUAAUAACAAUAAAUGAUUUAUUAGAAUAUUUCAUUGAACAACAAAAACUUUUUGCUAAUUAUUAUGAAUUUCAUUUAUCAAAACGAUCAACAAAAUUAAAAUAUCUUAAAGCAUUUGUUAAUGAUUAUGUUUUACCUCCACAUGCUCAAGUAAAUCAAAUUUUACGUGAUAAUGAUGAAAUUGACUUUCGUUUAGAAAUCGAUGCACAAACUGAUUGGCUUAGUGUUAAAUCACCUCCAACAUCGAAAAGAAAACAAUCUGUUGAACGUCUAGAAAUCGAUUCACAAACUGAAUGGCAUAGUAUUAAAUCACCUCCAAUAUCGAAAAGAAAACAAUCUGUUGAACGUCUAGAAAUCGAUUCACAAACUGAAUGGCAUAGUAUUAAAUCACCUCCAAUAUCGAAAAGAAAACAAUCUGUUGAACGCCUAGAAAUCGAUGCACAAACUGAAUGGCAUAGUAUUAAAUCACCUCCAAUAUCGAAAAGAAAACUAUCUAUUGAACGUGAAAUACCUCGUGCUCCUUCUCCUCCCCCUCAUUCAUCAAAUAGUAUUGAUGAUAUUCUUCGAACAAUUGCUCAACCAUCACCAUCAUCAACAAAUUCACCUGAAACAGAUUCAUUUUCAUUUCAAUUUGGUAAUAAACGUGGUCGUCCUAUUCCACCACGACCACAAGUUAUAUCAGCUGUUAAAAUAAAUUCAUUAGUUCCACGACAAGUUAUGAAAAAUCGAAAAUAA